CCGCCGCUGCCCGCCUGGCCCACUGCGGCACACGCUACCUCCUCCUACAAGAUCUACGUCCACGACUCGGCGCCGUCCUGGACCUUGUCUCCCUUCCAGGAGUCCACCACCACCACGCCGGAGGCCAGCACGACCCCCAAAACCCACACUACAACGUAUUCCACGGAGCGAUCUGAGCACUUUAAGCCAUGCAAAGACAAGGACCUUGCAUAUUGUCUCAACGAAGGGGAAUGCUUUGUGAUCGAAACCCUCACAGGAUCCCACAAACACUGCCGGUGCAAAGAGGGCUACCAAGGAGUCCGCUGUGACCAAUUUUUGCCGAAAACCGACUCAAUCUUGUCAGAUCCAACAGACCAUUUAGGAAUUGAAUUCAUGGAGAGCGAGGAGGUGUACCAGCGCCAGGUGCUGUCCAUUGCCUGCAUCGUCUUUGGCAUCGUCGUGGUGGGCAUGCUUUGUGCAGCUUUCUACUUCAAAACAAAGAAACAAACAAAGCAAAUUCACGAACAGCUGAAGGAAACGCAGAAUAGGAAAACCUACAGCCUAAAUGCUUCCAGCAUGAUGGCAAAGUCGGAGUGUAUGGCACAAAGCCAAGUCCAGCUGCAAAAUUAUUCAAAACCAGAUAGGCAUCCGGGGCCUAUUCUGCACAAAGUUAUGGAGUCUAGUUUUUCAGGCCCUCAGUCUUUCCCAGAGGCCUUGUCUCCUGACAGAGGAACCCAGCCCAUCAAGCACCACAGAAGUCUCUCUUCAUGCUGCAGCCCAGGACAAAAAAGUGGGAUGCUCCAUAGAAAUGCCUUUCGGAGGACUCCUCCCUUGCCUCGGGGUAGGUUCAAUGGAAUUACAGGACCAGCAUAUCAACAGCUCGAAGAGUCCAGGAUCACAGAGCAGGACACCAUACCUUGUCACGGGUAUUCAUCCAGUGGUUUAAAAACUCCUCAGAAUACUUCAAUAAAUAUGCAACUGCCUUCAAGAGAGACAACCCCAUAUUUUAAUAACGUGGAUCAGAAGGACUUGGUUGGCUAUUCCUCUUCAAGGGCCAACUCCGUUCCCAUCAUCCCGUCUGUGGGCUUGGACGAAGCCUGCAUGCAGAUGCAAAAUGUUCCUGAAGUAACAGGCAUCAAAUGGUGCAAAAACUCCUAUUCUGCUGAACUUGUCAAUGUGAGUUCCCCAGUCAGUAAUUGUCUAAUAGCAGAACAACACGAAGUGAAAAUAUUGCUAGAAACUGUGCAGGAGCAGAUCCGGAUCCUGACGGACGCGCGGCGGUUGGAGGACUUUGAGCUGGCGAGCGUGGAGGCGGAGAGCGGUGCGAGCGAGAACACGGCCUUCCUGCCCAUGAGCCCCGUGGCCAAGGCAGAGCGAGAGGCACAGUUUGUCUUAAAAAGUGAAACGCAAAGAGACUCGGUAUUGACCAAGUGACUCCGUGUGGGGGUUGUGGGAGGGGAAACGAGAGGUCUGUGCAUUCGACGCUUUGCUAAACAGGAAGGGAGGAAGUUAAAUACAAAUUAUUUAUAUGCAUUAAUUUAAGAGCAUCUACUUAGAAGAAACCAAAUAGUCAAUCGCCCUCAUAUCAUAGUGUUUUUUAACAAAAUAUUUUUUUAAGGGAAAUGUUCCAGGAGGGAUGAAGCGUGCUUUUAGAUGCUUUCUAGGCAGGAUUACACAGUUUCAGUUACAGAGGAUUUUACUGCAGUCCUGUUCGGCUGUCCGAAGGCUUAGGCUAUGCAUCUCUUUUUCAGUAAAGGCCAAGUACCGUUCUAAGAUGCAUUUCUGGUUUCAGGGCAGCACUGCAGUGAGCUGCUGGGCAGGGAUUCAGAGCCUGGGGAGCAUGUCCUGUGAGCCCAACACAGAUCCAGUCCCCUCUCCCCCUCUGCUCUCGAUUCCUGGUUUACGCCACAGAAACAGGCACACAGACACGUACUUCUGAGCUCUGGUACCUGCUGUGGAAUGGUGACAAUGCCCCUGAAUUGAGCAGCUGCUUGACUCUCAACCUUAAUUUGAUGUGUCAGUCACCCCAGGAAAGUCAGUGGAAUCAUUUAUGAGCUUUGGGAUUGGCCAAGAGUGGGAGCAGGGUUGGGGUCUACAGAGAUUCAGUGGUCAGGAGCCCACAGCUGCUCCCUCUUCUGAGCUUUGCCUAUCAGAGCUGCCUUGGUGGAGAGUGAGGAAGAGCAAGAGAAAAUGUAGAGAUGUCUAUUACAACAGGUUUGGUUUUGGUUUCUGGUUUGGAUUUUUUAAGUGGAAACAUAAACUGUUGUUCGUUAGCGCCCCUCAACAUUUCUAAACUUUUACACUUUAAAGGCAUUUGUAAGCUCUCAAGGAGCACUUCUCAGUGUGUGUGUAUUUUUUUUAAACUUAUUUUUUUUAUUAUGGCUUGUUCAGAGAAGAGUCAGGGAGAUCCAGUAUGAUCAAAAUCCAGCCAGUAAGUGUCCACGCUGCCUAAUUUGUUCCUGCAUUCAGUUCUCCAGUCACUUUAAUUAACUAUGGCUUAGGCUUGUGAACUUUAAAGCUUCAACCCUGCAGAUGGUUCAGUAUGGGCAGACCCACAGGCAUGCAGAGAUCUGACUCCAGUGGAGCUUUCUAAGAGCAGAUGGUUUCCACCAAGUCACUCCCUGCAGGGGAUCAAGGCCUUAGAGAGGAUGUUGCCAUCUCCUAAUCACAUUAUAAGCCCUUUUUGCAUUAGCUUUCUUUUGAGUCCCUCUUCCCCCCCUCCAUAAAUUGUAACAAAAUGUGCAAAUUUUGCAAUGAAUUGGGUUCAGUGACACACCUUAUUGGGUUUAUUAGUGUUAAAAUAUCUGCUUAUUCUCAGGGGGACAAAAUCAACUCUAAUAAAUAAUUGCUAAAUAGCCUUCCCUGGUUAGUGCCAGGAGAUUGAUUAAAAAUAAUAAUUAAAAAAUAGAGUAUAUACAGAAUGUAUUUAAAUAUUCCUUUGAAGCAAAAUAAUUGUUAGAUUUAUUAAUGUGCCCCAGACUUUCUAGUUCACAAGUCUCAAGACUUCCCAAAAUAGCACAAUCAAUCACACAGUGCUGUUGUAUGUUGAGUCAGAAUAAAGCAAUAUCUUAACCUUUGUCAAGUAAAUUUGGAAAAGAAAUGCUGAAGGUGUAUGUCAUUUUUAUUUUUUUUUUGUUAAGGCAGUAAAAAAAAUUAUUAUUGACAGUCUUCAUUCAGCAAGUCUUAUUUUGGGUUGAUUUUGUGGUUUGGGGGGUUCUUUUAAAGAUAAACUUGAGGAAAUUAUCCUGUUUACAGAAUUUUCUAUGGCUGCAAUCUUUGCUGUGUGUUUUCAACAGAAACAUAUUUGAGGGCAAACUAUUGUUUUAUGCCCCAGGACGGAGUGUGAGCUGUUCAGACUCCCUUCUGCAAAGACACAGAGCUUUUGUGGUAGCAGUGAUGUGGGAUGCCCGUGGGGUUUGGACUCACCCUGACGUUUUCCUGCCACAUGUGGUGGUGGGCACAGCCUCACUGUGCAUGAGCUGAGGUGACUGUGGUGGGUAUGGCCCCAGAUAAACCAGAUAAACCCUCUGAGGUGCAGGGUGCAUUGGCUGGGGCUCAGCUUUGCUCCCCUACCAUCAUUUGAGUUUUCAGUCAGCACCAUUUGCACCCCCCUGUCUCAGGACGUGAACAAAGGGAGCUUGCCUCUGCCCAUAAGCCCUGUGAGCAUACCUGAAUUUUCAUAUUAUAUGAAAAGUGGGUACUAUAUAAAGCUCUGUUUUAACAAUUUUCAAAUGGUGAUCACAGUUAAUGAAUUGUUCACCAUUCAUUUCGUUGAGAUGGUCUCUCUGCAAUACAAUGCAGAAUCCUGCUCAGACUGAUGCUUAAAAAUCAAAUCUUUUCAAUUCAGAUCUUCCCCAAUCUGCAAAUUCACCUCUGGCAACAUAAUGGGAGCACACAGCAAGAUUUCAGUUGAAGAAAGAACCAUGUCAUAAGCAAUGCCUUUAGGGAGAGAAUGUGUUCAUGCAGCACCCCCAAAAGACCCAGAAAGAGGAGACGAGCAAUGUAUUUAAAGAGAAUGAAAUGUUUUACUGAAUGGUAGCUGAAGAUCUGAAAUGGUGAGGAUAUCUUUGGUUCAUGUUAGAGAUACGAUCUUGUACUCAGCAAAGGAUGUGUGACUGUUAUAUGUUAACUGUUCUAUUCAGUUCUCAGCAUGUUUGAAUAGAGAGACGUUAAUAUUAACCAAUGACAGACUAGUGUAUUAUUUGUUCAGAGCAUCGCUUCAGAUCUUGUUGAAACUGUCAUUAUUUGCAGAGGAAAACAAAAAGGGUUGAAAACAUCCAACUAGGCAGUCCUAAUGUUGUUUGUGUGGUUUUCUGAUGCAACUGUUUUCCUCUGUGGACCUUCCUGUUUUACAGUGAAUGGGGCAACAUUUUCUCUGAGGUCUGACAAUUAAUUGUGUAAAGCAUCCGAAUGAAAGCCGUACUGAAACAGCCAACAUGGUAGGCCAAAUUUUGCUUUUCUUCUGGUCCCACUGAACUCGUGGAUUGGAAGUGAUGCAAGUCAUUGAGAAAUGCAAUUCAUUGCUAAAAGUACACCUGUUCCCAGCCUUGGAGACAGUCUGUAAUCCCCCUAGAAGAGGCUCUGAACUCAGUUGUUUACGUGGAUCAUAAUUAAAAGUGUUAUCUGACCUAUGAAGUUCCAGGUGUAGUCUGGUGUGAAAAUUUACACACGUAGCAUUGCAUUCGAACAGACUGUGAGAGCAGCUGACUAAAUAAAUUGAACUUUCUCUGAACUGAGCAGAGAGAAAGCCUGUGUCUCCAGCACAACACCGUGGAGAAUUGUGAGAGGUGUAUAUCCUGAUCUUUUUUAAAAAUUUAUUUCUCUUUAGAAUUUCUUCAAAAACAAUCCAAAAUAGCCCUAAAAAAAAAAUAAAAGCCAGUAGAACAAUCCCAGCAUUUGAAAUAGGAAAUGUAGGUAAGUAUGGGCAUGUUUCAUGGUGUUUACCAUUGAAAAACUCUUCAGUACCCCAAGGCCCAGAGCUGGAACACUGUAAUUUUUUUGUUGUUUAGAUCAACAGAGGGUUCUGUGGAACAAGAGCUCUUCAGAAUGCCUUUGGUGCCUGGCCACGCUGUCAGGUGGUGUAGUCAGUGCAGCAAUGACAGUGUACAUGAAGAGAGGAUCACAUCCCAGAUCCCUGCUGCCUGGUGUCCAGUGUGGGGUCACAAAGCCUAGCGGUCUCCCGUGUGACGUGAGCACUGCUACUCUGAUUUAUUUUGCCUCUGAGCAUCCCAGCAGAGCGACAACACUCUCAGCAAAGCACAGUGUGAGGCUCCUUGGCCAGGGAUUGGGUCCAGGUCCAUCUGGAACCGGGCUGAGCAUCCUUGGCCAGGCUCUAGCAGCAGUGUGGCUGAUCCCAAAGCCAUGCAGCAGUGUCCUUCACCUUUACAUUCUGGAAAAAAACACGAGUUGAUGGCAUGUGCUUAUGACCAAGCAUGUGCUCAGUAUGCUCCCAAAUUGAAAUGUUAGCAGUUAAUUCAUAUCUGCUUCUCAUGUAAGCAGGGAGAAAAUCUGGAUUCCUUUUCCCAGUUUGUCCCCAGGUUCCUGUAGUCUCCUUUUGGACAUUACUUGAACGUUUCUUACUCUUAUAAGAAAUUCUUAAAAUUACUACCAAAGAAGAACUCUGAAAGAGUCCUGCCUGCAGUAAAUAAAUUUGAAGCUUGAAGGAGCAGACCUGGAAUAAAAACUGGGUUUGAAAGUGGUAUUAAUAUCAAUUGCCUUUCAGUAAAAUGAAAUUUCCCUGUACACUCUUUACCCCUUGGGAAAACAAUGAGCUUAUAAAGUGAUUUAUUAUCUUGCCAUGAAUUUAAAAUGUUUAUCUUCAAGGAGAUUGGGAAAAAGUAAAUAUUUAGUAUAGAUUUUUCAGCUUCUGUGAUUUAAUUUUUUUAAAAUUUUAUUUCAGCAGCCUAACAGGUCAUUGAACCCAUUAUCUGUAUUGUCUGACACAUAUUCAUAAAGUCUCCUCUUUUGUGGUCCAAAAGCUGCAAUGCUAUAUUUCCUUAAAGAGAUCAAGAUUUUAUCUAAAUUUUAUUUUUAAAUUAUUCAUAGAAUAAUAUUUAUCUUGCUGAAAAUAUAAAGUGAUACAAACUUUUUUGGGUUUUGUACUGCAUUAUUGCUGCAAGGUUGUGCUUCCUUUGUUUUGAUGUCUACUUACAGGAAAACAGCUAACACCAAGUUUUCAGUUUUAGGCUUAGCACUUUCAAAUCAGACAGGAAUUCUGUGUUUUCCAUAGCAAAGUUCAAACAUGACAUAGAAUGAAAAAGCUACAACAGCAGUAAAAUUACUAAUAAAGUAGACUUCUGUUUGGGUUUUGGGGUUUUUUUUACAUUUUUAUUCCAUGGCAAUCAGAGGAUUGUGCUGUGGGAAUUGAUAGUCUCUUGGAAGAAAUACAGAAUGUUCUAGAGAAAGUGGAAAGUCAUCACUGUAGCCCAGAACUAGAAAAGCCACAGUUGAGGAGGAAACAGUCAUCCACUGUCUGCUGCAGGGGAUAAGAGUGCUUUCAUCUCAAUAGUAAAAACCAGUAAAUUUGUUUACCUGCUAGGAAAGGUAAAUUAUCUGAAUUUAUUAAUGACCACAGUGGUAGUGUUUGAUUAAAGGAAAAGGGGCAGAAAUCUCCAAUUUUUUCCUGCUUGCCCAAUCCCUUGGAACAAAUCUAAUUAUGUUUUGGUUCUGUGCUAUUAAAGCACUGUUUACAGUGCUUCAGAGACAGAGUGCUCACACCUCACUGACAGCCUGCACUGACUCUUCCUUGCUUGAAAAGAUUUAGCAGUUUCCUCUUUGAUCAACACUCCUGUAAACAAGGAGUGAUUUUCUAAUACCCCAUGAGGCUGUUCUUGUGCAAGGUUUCCCAGACAAAUAAUAAAAAGCCAGCAAGACCAACUAUAAUUCUAUUUUUUUUAAUAUAAGGAAUGAUAUAUAGUAUUUUACAGCUAUAACGGAGAAGGGUUACUGUGACUGAAGUAUGUAAAUAAACCAUAGGAUAAAAUGUAUGUCAGCAGCAUGGAAAUCCUGUCAUUGUACCAUAGCUUUUAAUAAUACAUUCUCUCCACACCAUCAGGAGACUACAUGCAAUUUAUAAUUUUUCAUUUCUUGAGGGGUGCCAUGGUCUGUAGUGAUGGCACUCACUGAUGUGCCCCUGCCCUUAUUCCCUGCAUUGCAAGAGCCACUUCUGUAUUGUCCAUGCCUGCUUUGGUCUACCUGAAUUCACUGAAUUCACUGAAUUUGUAACCAUUCAGCUUCUUUAUUCACCUUCACUUUUACCUUGCCCUCAGAAUCAAGAGUAUCAGCCUGACAUUUGGGACCCUGAAUAAAUUCAAGGCCUUAAACAAUUUAAUGCACUUAACAUUUGUCUGCUUGGGUUUGACCUGACAGGAAAUCUCUUCCUUGAAGAGGGAUUUAUGCAGCCCGUGCUGCAAGGCACUUUCCUGCCCUUCCUUCAUGUGUGCCACUAUCAACAUGUCCAGGCUGUGAGCCAGCCACACUCUGAAUUCUCCCUGCCAGCACUGGGGAGCACUGUGAGAUUACAGACCAGACCUCUUCUAGUGUACCAAAGACCACAAGUCAUCUGCAAUGUCCUGAGCUCUAGCAUCAGAUGCAACUUUCUGCCUCUGACUACCAAAAUGUCUCCAAAGGUUAAGGUCUCUAAUCUGCAUCACAUUAAAUUAUGUAAUAAAAGUAACACCAAAGUCCAUAAAAUUAAGAGUUAUAUGGCAAAUAAUAUUUUAAAAUGUAUGUCUUGCUUUGAAGGAAUAUGGCACAAAAGCUCCCAGUUGUGUAAAUAUUUGGAAACAAAAAAAAAAAAAUACAAAAAAAAUAGAGGAAUAUAAAAGAAUACUACUAAUAAUUAAUAUUCUAAAAUAAAAAAUAGUUCCUUGCCUUCUCUGAAAUACACAGUUGAAGGUUAUCAAGGUGCAUCAGGGACAUGAAGAAGACUCAGUGAGGCUGGUUUAUAAGUCAUAUGUCUUUUCUCAGGAAACCCAGGCUUGGAGUUUCCCUUGCUUUCAGUAAGAUGAUUCUUUCAUAACAUGAAAUUCACUCCUAUGCUUUGCAUACCUCAGCAUAAGCAGGACAGAAACACAAUACAGGCUUCACUUUGACUUUCUGACUCAAGUUAAACUCUCUUGCUUUAGAUUAUCUCUGAUCUCAUCCAGGAAAGAAUAAAUGAAUAUUAAGAAAGGAGAUACUUGAAUACUUGACAUAGUUUGGUUUUUAUCAACAAUUUAACCAAUUGCUAUUAAGACUGGAGCCAUCUGCUGAACUUCAGUGUUCAAAAAAUAGCUUAGACUUCCACUGCUCUUGAUAGGGAAAAGCAGCAGGUGGUUCAAGCAUCAGCACCCCAGGAAUACACACUGGGAACAACUGGAGAAUAGGGUAGGGAGUUUCUUCCUUCGGUGAGGAAGGAUGGAUUUUGUGUCAGGCCAGAUCGUGUCAUCUGAGAAACUUGCCUUUUGUUUCUUCCUCAGAUCUUUCUCAUUUCAGUGAAACUGUGGUCAUCAGCACUAGUUUGUUUUUUUAAGUUAGGGAUUUCCAAAUUCUGCAGUCUUUUGAAAUGCUGAAUUUAGGAAGCAGAGACUUCCAAGAAAAAAAAAGUAAAAUUUCUUCUGCAGUUUUUUUAAACCAUUGAAAUACAUGAUAACUAUUUUUAUGUUACUUCAUUACAUUAUUUUUUUACAUUAAAUUUUAGUAUUUUACAUUAACUAUUUUUUAAAGUAGGUGUUGGAAGCCUAAACAAUGAAUCUUUAUUUUACAUAAUGAUAAUAGGGGAUGGCUGAGAUCUGUGUUUUAUGUUUCUCUCCUAUCUUGUUGAAGGUGUCCCAGCUUGUUGCAGGGCUGUUGGACUAGAUGACCUUCUGACCUGAAUUAUGCUAACCACAUUCAAGUUAGUUCAUUCAAAUUGCCCACAGACAGCUGGAUAUUUUGUCUGCAUCAAUGAUAACUUUGGGUUGUAAAGGUAAAUAAGAAAUUUGGACUACAUAAAACUUCCAGGCCAGACUCUGGUGUUGCACAAGUGGCAGCUGUUUCACUGCAAGCACAGUUAAUGUGAAGGCUCCCAGAAGAGGAUAUUUGUGGUGGCUCAGCAGCUGAGCUGCCUGUAAUAAACCCCAGGUGCAGUGCUAACCUCUGCUGCUUUCCAAAAGUGACCCACAGGGUGUCUGAGCUCCUCCACCAGUCACUGUGCCAAAAGGCAGGUGUCAGCACUGACUUCUGUGAAGGCUUCUCUCAUUAAAUCAAAAUGAAAUAAUAUGAGCUAAAAAUUGAUGGGCUGGAUUCUCCCAGGUAUUGCCAGGUUAUAUGGAGUGCCAGCAGCAGUGCUGAUUUACAAUUUCUGAGGCUGUGGCCCAUGGUUUGACCUAAUUCAUUAGUUCCCACCACCUGAGCUGGGGCAAUUUAAGCAGAAAUGUCUCUGCCCAUCAGGGUAAGUUCAGAGCAUCGUUGAAGCAGUUUGAUUCCAACUAACCUCAUUUUUUUUUUUACAUCACUGUAUAUUCUCCUUGAUUAUUGCAGAGGUGAAGCUGCUUCCAAAGUCUUAAAGUUGUCAUUGCUGAUCUGUCUUUGCCAGAGUUGUGGUCACUCAGCUGCAGCUCUGACUCCAAUUCUGCACAUCAGAGCUGGCUCUUGCAGUCCAAAAUCAUGUAUAUACCACAGAAUAGUUUGCUUUGGAAGACACCUUAAAAGGUACCUAUUUCCAUUCCCCUUGCCAAGGGCAGGGACACUUUACAAUAGAUCAGGUUACUCCAACCCCAUCCAACCUGAGCUUGAAACCUUCCAGGGAUGGGGCAGCCUGUGCCAGGGCCUCCCCAUCCUCACAGGGAACAAACAGCACAAGCAAAACUCUCCAUGCUUGUUCUGCAGCAAUUGUAUGCAUUCAGAUCUUGGCAUGAUCAGGCUGAUUGUUCACAUUAUCAAUUUUAUUCAACAAAGCUAUCUCUUAUAUGUAAUUUCCAUGCUGCUUCUCUGGAUGCUAUAUAGAGAGGCAUGAAGGCAAAUUCAGCUUGUCUGCAUUUUCACUUCAGGUAACAAUGGUGGGUUUUUUUCCAAAGCAGGUCAGGAGAGAUCUCUCAAUGUCCAAGCUGCCUGUGGGGGGAGCAGAGUUAUUCUGAACAGGGUUUGUCCAUGUGCUUUCUUGUCCAAUCUCUCCCUCUUCCCAAGAAACCCUCUUUCUUCCAACAGCCCUUUUUCCUGAAAACAUCUAAAACAUUAAGUAAAGCUGAGGCAGGAGAUAUGCUCUGCCUUCUGUGCAGAAGGGACACUAGCAUAGGUAAGGGCUAAUUACCAAAAACCUUUUCAGCUGAUUCCAUUAGUAUUUGCACAGACAGGUGAUGCUAAAAUGACUCUGUAUGGUUUGGUCACACUUAUUUGCAGGCUGUGACAUAUAUAAACUGUUUUAAGUUGUCUGUGGUUUGCAAUAUCUUGGGCAGACUUUUACGAUGCUCAGGACAGCAUUUGCCACUCUCUUUAACUUCCAUCAGUUUCAUUUGCCUGAUGGGUGUUUCUGUGAGGCUGGCAGCAGUGACACCCCCUGGCCAGGGCCAUGGGGGCUGCACCAUGUCCCACAUCACCUUCUGGCAAGCAGGACAAGCCAGCCCCUCCUGAAGCCUUGCAGGCACUGGUUGGGUGCUGAGGGAGCAUCCCACAAGCUCAGAUCCUUCCUCAGGCAGGGAAUAGGUUUACAGUAGGGGAGGCGUCUGAUGCUAAAAAUGAAAAACUCUCCCAAGCUUUUGGGCAACUUGGAAAAACCCCCUGGAAAUCACAGUCCUUUUAAAUAAGGCUCCUGUCUAACCUCAUACAGAUUGCUGCUUUUCGUUUCAGUUUCUCUGGUAAGCAGUGGAGUAGCUUUGCAUUUCCAUUAAUUUAAAGCUGUCUCUAGGUGGCUUCAGAGAGCAAAGAGAACUCAUCACUGUGGGAACGGCUGUGCUCUAGGAAGGUGCUGUAGCUCAUGGGCAACUUUCCAUCCUUGUGGGUAGGAUCUGGGCACCAGCACAUUGCCUGUCUUCCUUAAUUAGCUGAGAGAAGACCAGGCAGAGCCCUGCGCUCCUCGCUCACUGGCUGCUGAUGAGGCCUGGAGCAAAUCCCUACACUAAAAGCACUUAAAAAUGGAACAGAGGUGAUGGAAACGUGGUUUGUUCACUGUGAAUAUCCAGCUGGGAUAGUUGGAAUAACUGCAAGGGAAGAGUUGCCUUUGCAAAUCAUGUGCCUGAUUUACUGGUUAAAUAGUUCUUCAGUCCUCCCUAUUUAGUCAACAAAGACAUUAAGAUGUCCAGAAAUAAAAGUGGAAUGAUUGGUUCCCAGUACUAAUCUUAAUGGUCACAAAUCCAUUAUCUCAGAUUUUUUGCUCAGCACUUAGCAAGUAGAAUCAAUCAGGCUUUUCAUUUAUAUAGAUGAACUUCUAUUCUAAAGUUAUACCUGAUUUCAUGCUUUCCUUUAUUGGUCACUAGAUUUUUUUCUGUUUCACAUAAAAUUAUGUUUACCUUAAAACUGAUCUGUAGAUAUGCCUGAAACAGCACCUAAUGUGAACAUAAAGUCAGUGUUCUCAAUGCAUAGGGCGAGUCUUGUGAAAACCCUUUUGCAGCCGAAAGUCUUGAACCAUUCACUGAAAUAAGACAACUAUUUGAUUUCAACAAAAUGGAUUUUGUUGUCAAUAAAAUCACUGAUAAACACUUGAGUUGGAUUUGGGACUUCUGAGUAUAUAUAUAUAUAUAUAUAUAUAUAUGUAAAGCUACAUACACAAACUUUCUUUUAGAUCACAGAAAUGAAUGCUCCAACUUAAAGUUGAUUCAUCUAAAUAGCUGCAGAAAAUAUCCACUUAAUCACAUAGUCAACACAUUGAAGUAGGGGGGAAAAAAGGUGUUCAUUUUCACCUGUGUUUAUUUUUUCACCAGUAAAAACAAAUAAAAAGAGAAGAAAAAUAAUCAUAGUGCCUAUGACAAAGAUUGUGUUCCAAGGAGUGUGCAAUGUGUACCACAAUUACUUCAACUGCAAAUGGAAGCUGCUUUCAGACUGAGUGUGGUUGAAAGGAAAUAUCCUUAGAAAAACUGUCACGCAGAAUCCCAGGAAAUGUUUUGGUUCGAUAUGUUUGGCCUCCAUUUUUGUGGAGCUGUACAUUCCUGUCCAUGGUUCUAAAGGAUAAAAAAAGAACUUAUUUCAGAAUCAAUCUGUAUUUUGACUCGUUUUUGUACUCCCCUCACCCAGGCUGGUUUACCAUAUGUGUGAGAGAAGCUGAACAGAGUAUUCAUUUUUCUAUUUAGCAACACAAAUUAGUUUUAUAGCGUUCCUGAAUUCAGUCUUUCUCUGCUGCUCAAGUGGUGUGUUCCUGCUGUCUCCAGCCAGCUCUCGCUCCAAGGAGAGGUUUCACCCGUUCUCAAAGCCACAAAGGGAGUUGAGACUGGCCCGUCUGAAGACACCAGCUCUCUUCAUUCAGCCCCUCUGGUGGGAGGAGCAGUGGGGGCUGGAGUUGGGGAGAACAAUGUGCAGGGAUCUCUGACAUCUCAGCACACAGAGGAAAACCCAGGCUUUCUGCUGCUGAAGUCAGGCCUUCCAGUCUUACCUGCAACCCUGUUAGCGUUGGGCUGAAUGAACCAGGUAGAAAGGCCGAACUAGCCAAAAUAACACAUUUGCCAGGAGGAUCAGCCGAGAAGAGAGGCAGAGAUGGCAACAUCUUUCAUUCUGGAGCCCCAACAACAACAAAAAAAUUAAAGCACAGGUUCUUUGCAAAAUGGCUCUUACCUGAGCACAGUGAAGGUGUCACAGCAUCAGCCAAGGGGACGGGGCAGAAUUUCAGUGUCACACACCCACAACCAGCCAGGGGCUGCCACAGUGGAUACAGUGCCCACCCCUCCACAGUACCCACCCCUCCUCACUGCCUCACAUGCCACUCUGCAGGGAUGUCCCUCCCUUCCCCUUGUGCCCUGCAUCAUGUUUUCAAGCACAUCCCCAGAAGUAUGUGUUGAACCGCUCCAUGAUGAGCUUCUUCAUCAUCCAAAUCUCAAGGAGCCUCUCUGCUUGAGUGCUUCCAAAAUGUCUGAUGCCAGGGACCCCUCAGUCCCGAGGCUCUGUGGGUCCCUGACACCAUCAGCUCUGCCCACGGUGAGCUGAGCUUCCUGAACCCAGGCAAGGGAAGGCAGGUGCAGGGCUGUGGGUGCUCCCCAGCUCCCCUCCAGCUCAGUUCUGCUCCCCCAUCACUCCUGAAUGCUGUCUUGCAGAUCCCCAUGUUCCUGCUGCACUUGGGCUUUUUCUGUUGGCUUUUCCUUUUAUUUUUCUGUGUGGUUCAGAAUAGCUCUCUGGAUCUGAUACUUGGCUUCUGCUUCUGCAUGAUUUUUGUGUGCAAUCUGCCUUACAUGAGCAGUGUUAGUCCAAGUGCUUCUGAGCACACUGAUGUUACAAAACAGAAAAAAAAAAAAAAGGAAUUUUACUUUCAAAGCUGCUCUUCCAGGCACCUCAUACCCUUGAGGCAAAGGCACUUGAGUGAGUUUGAUGCUGAAGUCCCCUGGGUUAAGAAGAAGGUUUUCCCUUUUGCCUAGGGCAGAUUUGGGUGGUUGUAUAAUGCUGCCCCAGAUAAAGCUCCCACCCAGGGGCAGCCCACACCUGUGUUGGGCUGAGCUGUUCACCUGGUUUGCAGUCACAGCUGGAACCCCUGAGGACAACCUUUGUCUCCCCAUCUUCUUCUCCUGGUGUGCCUGCACCAGAAGGGGCCUGUCCUGCUGGGAGGAGGCAGCUCUGGAGGUAUGGUUGUGGUAGGAGGCUUUUUCAUAAAUGUGAUUUUUUAAAGGCAUUUGGGUUUGUUUAUUUUUCUCCCUUUGUUUUGUGCUGAAUAUUUCCUAGAGUAGGUAUUUUAUUUAUUCUGUGGUGUACUAACUUGGUUUAUUAGACUGAGCAGGGAUUAAGAUAUUUAUGCUAUUUAGAGCUAUGGGUGAUUUGAAAAUCUCCAUGCCUGCUAAGAGAAAAUCUCCUUAGAUUUCUCCUAAACACAAGGGUAAGAUUUUUGUCUGCUCCUUUGCAGAAUGGAAAAAUAUGAAGCUUAUUUAGAGUUUAUGCCAUGAUAGACACUGCCUGCUCUCCAACUAUCCCAUAAAACAUCCUGGUUGCAAAGGAACUCUGUGAACUUUCAAGGGUUCAACUUGUAAUAUAACAAAUAAGAAUGAUGAGAGAAGCUCCCAGAAUUCCUGUUAAGAGUCAUGUUUGAUACUUACUUAGAAUUUUAUGUUCUUAUGGUAUUGUCUUUGCCAAAAACACAUUAAUUAAGAAUGCUUUCUGAAGCAAGGCUGCAGCAGGUAUCACACAGCAUCAGGAAUGCCUUGUGAUGAGCUGUAUCCUAAUACCUGAAACCACUUUGCUAAGGCUGUCAUCUGCAAAACAAAAAGUUUCCUGUUAAAUGUUUUUAAUUCAAUUUAAUUCAAUUCAAAUCUGUUCAACCUUUUUAAUACCCUUCACAGAUCCAUAGCAAGUUGUUAAAAAUGUUUACUUCUCAAGCUAUAGUUCAAGUUAUGCAUGCUGCUAAUGGGAAGCUCUGCAGUUACUUACUAGCAAAAUGCUUAUAGAAAUGUUAUUGGUACUAUGCAAAAUAAGAAUAACUCUUACUUGUAAGUAUGUUUUAUUUCCAGGACUUGCACAAGCAGGUCACAGUGAAGUGCUUGCUUACUUGCAAAAUGUUUCUGCAAAGAUGGUGAAACUAAUUUAGUUCAUGUGCUCCUCCCCAAAAUAGUGUUUGCUACCAAUUUAAUACUGCUUAAAAUAGUGCACUUAUGUCUGUAGGUCCUGGAUGGUUUUUAAACCUUAAGUCAAGUCAAAGAGCUUGUUUCUUUUUACUUUUUCUCCUUCAGUAUAGUGAGAGAUGAAAUCAGAGUUGGGCAGGCAGCAAAAGAGCAACCACUCACAAAAUCCUGGGUUUGCCCUCUUUGUGCUUUUCUCUUUGUUAUUUGUAAGCAUUGUUACGAUAAGAUUUACUGAGAUACAAAGAAGAGGCUGGCAUUUUGGGAGCCUCUGGCAGUGGAUAGCAGAGGAACUGAAGGAAGGCAAGGCCUGGGGAAAGGGUGGGUCUCAAGAUGAAGACAUAUUUUGGGAUAUCCAUGUGCCAAAGACCUGGGGAACAAAACCUGUGAACCUGCUCCAUAUUCAGAUGGGUAUAAGCCAGAUGGACAGUUCCAGGUCAGUAAAGGGGAGCUGGUUGCAGAACUACUGAGAGAAUCUACUCUGAGAACAAGACUUCUUGAUAAUUAUCUACCAGAAAAAGAGGUGGCUCCAAAUAUAAAUUUAACUCAGCAUAAUCACCUGAGAGAAAAAAACAGAGAGGGACUAUUUGCAGGUGAAGGCUGUGAUUAGUGGUGCCUGAGUGUUCUUGACCCACACCUGUACUUCCUAACUCUUCAGACAGGUGGCUUGGGCUGGGAAUGAUGGAUGAAGUACACUGAAUAAUACAAUGGAAAGGUGGUGUUUUCCUGCAGAGCUGAUUUAUUUUUCAAGAAUCAAAGAAACUAGAGGAGGGAAGAGAAAAAAAAAAAAAAGGCUCUUUAGUUUGAGAGAUUAGUUAUUUUACUUGUUUUUCUUUUUUACUCUUGAGGUCAAGCCAGAGAAGGCUAAGGGACUGAGUUUUAGGAACUAACUUAAAACUAGUUCCUGUAGCCUGGGGUGGUGCUGGUCCUCCCGUCACACUGGUGCUGCAGGCACACACGUGCCUGUCAUGCUGCACUCCGAGUCUCUCUCUUGUAACAGUCUCUUCCCAUUACUUCUCUAAUUUCAGAACAUGUUCCAGUGCAGGGAACCUGGCUGAUGGGAAUAGAGGAAAUAUGGUUUUCCCCCCAACAGAUAACACAAAUCCCUACAGCUGCAGUGUGUCCCCUGCUUUUCUCUUCAAUGUCCUACAUGAAGUUGCCAGUUGCCCUUCUCAGGGCUUCUCCUAUGGCAUCUCCUGCUCCAGUUCUUUCUCUAUGUCAUGCUUGAUAGGUUGCUGCUGUUCUAAAAACAGAGCUGCUAUUCUGGGUUGGGAUUUAUACCAGGAAUAACAGCUAUGACAGCUAUUCAGGAUUUUCUUUCUUUAAAAUAAAAAGAUAGUUCUGGGUUUGGCCAAGUCUUCAGGAAAUCUGGUGCUUUUCUUCUCAUAGCAGCCUGUAUUUUACCACAGGCUUCUUGACCCAAACUCUGUAGGGUAUGCCUUGCUCUGGAAGAUUUCUUAGUUUGAAUUGAACAGUGCUUAUAAGUUGAUUGGUGAUAAUUUUACUGUAAAUGUAGACCAGCAAGGUAUAGAUACAUAACUUCUGGUUUCACAUCAAAUUAACUUCUUAUUCCUAUCCAGUUAAUUAAGCCAAUGUAGUUUAAAUUUUCUAGCACAGAGCUUUUUCUCUCAAUGAAUUAAAUGGAUUAACCUUUCUUAGAAAGCUAUCACUAAUUAUACUACUGUACUGGGCUAUUAAUUCCUUUUCUCAGUAAGUUACUAUUUUUAUAUGGCUACAGUGACCUGAAGUAAUUACAACACCAGUUUUACUUGAAACCUUUCAGUUUAGCACUCUUCUGAUGAAAUACACUGCUUCUCCUAAUGUCUUACAAAUCCUGAGAAGGAGUAACAGUGCACAGGGAGAAUUUCAAGCAGCACUAUCAGAUCUGUGGAUACUCCAACAUAACAGUAUUCCUUUUUUCCCCCCCUAGAUUAUCACUGAGGUAAUCACAUGCGUGUUUGAGAGGAAGUGUUCACUAUCAGCAUUUGUUAGAUUUCUUUUGUGUGCUUGAAAUACUUUAUCUAUUUGAAGAUGAUGGAAAAAUAAGGUUAUGAUAUACGGUAUGUUUGAAGUCUGAGACUACCUAGGGUCCAAAAUUCACAAUGCCAGAGGCUGAAUUUCUCCUUCUUGUGUUUAGAGGCCUAAAACUGUUGGGCUGCUGUUGUGUGCAAGAAGAGGUGUUAGCUGAAUCCUUGCUGAUUGUCUAACACCUGAUUUCUUAGGUGGGCAAAGCCUCCUUCAAUCCAUUCCUGUGAAAUUAAAUGGGGAGAACUCAAAGGGGUUUGUCACCAGAGAUGAAAAGUUCUCACCUGAGUUUCAUGAAAGAUGCAUCAUGAAACCAAACAGGAGUGAAAUUCAUGAUUUAUGGAUUAAAUAUCACUUUAAUCAAGAAGACAUUUUAAGUAGCCAGCUUAAUCAUUGUCAUCAACUUCAUCAGGGUGAUUGAAACCAUCAUUACUUUAGCAACUGAUUAGCAAGAGCUGGAUGUGGUCUUUCUACUAAUGCUGGAGCUGCUCAUUAGAAAGAUGUCAGAGGUCCCUGACACUGCCUCUGCAUGAUCUGCCCUGCUGCUUCUGCUGUAUUUUGCUGGAGAGUAUCUGGAUUUUUCCUUAGAUUAAACUUUGUGUAAUUCAAAAUAAUUACUAUUUUGUGUUACAAAUACGUAAGUAUUUGCAUGAAAUUUGGUGAUAAAAGCAGAGAGUGCAGAAGUCUGAUAGUUGGUGAUUAGUUUAUCCAUGAUUGUAAAACCUAAGAAACAAUUUAAACACAGUUUUAAAAAUGAAAUCUAAAAGAAAGAAUUGGAGGUUUCUGAAGGAAAAUAAAAAUGCAUCUAGACAAUGUAAAAUCCCAAACAAUGUAUGGUGGAGUGGACCAGUGUUUGAUUUGUGCUCUGCAAAAAAAAAAAGCAGUAUUGGGCAAGAUUACCAAAAUGAGAGUCAGUUUGGAAAUCAAUGUGUAAACUUCUGUCUGGAAUAAGAAGAUAAUAAGGAACAGGAUUCAUGGUUAGCAUAUUAGGGUUAGGGUAUUUGGGGUAGGUAAAGGGGGAAUACGGAAUUUUUCUCUUAAGUACUCUAUAAUAGGCCAUUUAUGAUACAAGUAGUGAAGUCUUAAGAAGGAUUCAGGAGCAGAAAAAUAAAAAGCAACUAAAAUAACCAGAAACAAUACAAGAAGUUACCUGUAGCGGUAGUGAAUCCAUCCAGCCAGAGACUUUGGGUGGGUGUGCCUUCUGUCAAACUGAAGAUAAAUUAUGCCUGAUUAGGGAAGCAGUCCUCUUGCUUUAGUUUUCAGGUUAUUUUCUUUUUUUUCUUCCCUCUGCCCCACCAAAAAAAGUCUUAUUUUUAACUUCACAAUGCUAGCAAAGAAUUGGGAACUUGAUCAAAGGCAGAGGUACUAGCAGUUUUAUCAGUUUUGAAGGAAUUGAUAUCUAAUUACUCAAAUAAUUCAGGUUUUGCCUUGGAUUCUUGAUGGGGGUUAGCAGUUGGCCUGAGAUUAUUAUAGCAAAACCUAAAUAAACAUUUUCCUAAAACACUUCCCUGCACAUGGGGGAAAAUCAAGCAGCUCUCAGCUGAAUGUGAGUGAGACUUGAAGAUUUGUAAUCCAAGUGUGGUGAUUUUUGACAAAGACUAGUGCUACACCUCAUCUGUAUCCAGGUGGAGACUGGAGAAAGGAAGCCAAGGAUAUUUUUUGUCAUUUUGCAAUAACCACCAUGGGAAAGGAAAUCAUUCCCAGCCCCAGCAGUCCCAAGGAAGCAGCAACCACAAGUAACAAGGAGGGCCCUCAGCAACACACAAAACACUGUGGAGGGACACAGAAUUCCAAUUGAGUUUCAGAAUGCAUGGGACAACAUUAAUUUGAAACUAAAGACAACCUUUUAUUUAUCUUUGUCUUAAAAACUGUGCUUUGUGACAGUCAGGACUGAAAGUGAUGUGGAAAGGAGAGUUUUGUGGCUGUGGGGAAAGCAAAGAUUAAGGGGUUAGAAGGGUUCUUGGACAGGAGGAUAAGAAAUGGCUCCCCUACCUUAUUUCUCAUAUUGAAAAGCAGGUUCUUGUCAUCUGGAAAGAUGUGGGAGACCCCCUGAGACCAAGACAUGCACUGAUUUAACAGCUGUAUUCUCUUUCCUCUGUGGGGCAGGAACACUGGUGUCAAUCCUGAUCAUCUGUCUGUGAAAGGCAUUUCCCCAGCUGUGAUGGCAUCUUCCCAGUACCAAGUCUUCCAGGGCUUUUCUGGCUCUUUGGAGCCAUAUGUGUUGGUUGCUGAAGUCUCAAUACUUGUUCUCAUUAUUAGUGGGACAUUUCCCAGAGUAUUGGGUUCUUCAGAUUCACACAAGUGGCUUGCCAGCUGUUAAAAUAUAUUUCUGGAUUGAGAAGAGCUCCUCCAAAUCAAAGCAGCACUCUGUGCCAUCACAGGGUACAUGGAGAUGACAUUUUGCAGCCUGAAGUUAGCAGAGGGGAUUUCAUCAGGCUUCCUGCACUAGCUCAGGUCCUCUCUUUGGUGCACAGAGUUGUGCUGUCUCCCCUCCUGUGUGCCCUCUGAGUGAGCAGGGCUGCUGAGGGCAGCGUGGCAGCAAUGCUGGCUCCCUGUGCACCUGGCUCCUGUCCUGCCCCUGCUGCCACAGCAGCUGCUGCAGCAGAGCUCUGCCUGAAUCAGCCUUCUUAUUGCUUACAUGUGUAGGAGAGACCGAAACAAGUUUCCAUUUUAUUCUUUGGGCUGAUAUGCUUUAGCAUCAAAGGAGAACUCCUGCUGUGGCUGCUGUUUCAAAACACAUAUUGGAAUUUCAUUUCUAUUACUCCUCAUUACUGAUACUCUGUCUCUCUUGCUUGCCUUUGUUUCAGACCCUGCAGGUGGGCUUUAAGAGAUGCCCCUCCUUCCACCGGGGUGCUGCUAUCCAUGAGGCUCAGAAAGAGCAUUUGGUACCUUUAACAGGCUUUUUGUGGCGGCACCAUUGUUCUGAGAGAGUGUUUUGGAGUGUCUGUGUGCUUGGCAAUUGCUGAAGCAGCAGCACCUGUGACUUUCUGGAGAGAGGAGAGACGAGCUGCAGAGGAUGGGCUGCAGGGGGAUGGCAGCCAGGCUUGGCAGACCCCUGUGCCUGCCUCUGUGUCCUGAAAUGAGCAGCCCAGGCUUCUGUUCCCACGCAGGAGGACAAUCAAACCUUCUCAACGUAGCAGAUAACUGUGGCAGCAGACUGCAGGAGUGCCACAAGCAGCAGUGAAGCACAUCUGAUGGGUCCCAGUGCUUUGUCAGCAGUAAAUAAUCCUGUGUGUGCCCUGGCAGCAGCUCCCAGCUCUGCCAGCAGCCACACCAGCCUCUCCUCAGCCCAGAGCUGGGCUCCACAGAGCCCUGGGCCUUCUGCAUGGGAACCAGUGUCUGCUGAAAGACUGAUGUGGAGGGAGCUUCCCACAGAGGAAGGUAGAUCCUAAUCCCAUUUGUUAUUUCUGCAGCAGUGCAGUCACCAAAUUAGUGGUCGUGGGUAAGAUUGAGAAGGACAAGUGCAGGGCAGAUUUCUGAGGUACAGCAAACAGCUUUUUGAGCAGAGAGAGAGCGUGGUUUGGUGCUGUGUUUGUACCUAAAGAAAGAACUCACUUUUUUGCUAUAAUGAGAAUUGCUGAACUCCUCUGCUUCUGCUUGAUUCAUAUUGUCCACACAUGCUUCUUUCUAGAUUUCAUCAUUACCCUUGUUUUAAGUGAUCUAAUUUUGUGGUCAAAAUGGGCAGAUGGAGGGGGACUAGCUAUUCCCUAGCAUGUUCUACAGGACAUCAGCCCAGGGAGUUUGAGCACCAGUGCAAAUAGCUGAAGUGAGAAUCGUAAACAAGUGCUGUAUCAGACACAAGUGAUGUGUCUCAGCCUGUUAAUACAGUAGCCACAUAUUAAGCUCCCACAAACACUGCAGAAUUUCAGGAAGUUCAUGCAUGUUCUCUCUUGUCCACCUGCUUAAAGAAUAAGAGUAUUUACUUAUGUAGGUUGCUGUGGAAAGAGAUACUGCAUUUUUAACAGGGGUGAUUUUGUAGAUGGUAAAUUCACUGAAACCUUUGAGAGCAAAUCUAUUGUUGACUGUAAUAAAAAUAAUUUGUGUGUGUGUGUGUGAAAUAGGAGUCCCAAAGACAUUGAAACAUUAUUCUGCCAAAUUAGAAUUGUUUAGUUAAGGACUGACAAGAUGCUGAGAAGUGAUCUGGUUUCGGUCACUUUGAGCAUGACUCAUACUUGAAGUCACCCUUUCUUAGGUUAAGGAAAGAAGUCUGUGCUGCAGCUUCAGGAAAUAGGGCUGAAAAGGGACAAUAGGAAGCCAAAGUAAAAGCAGGACUUUGGACAGGUGCUUGUCAAACUCUCCAAAACUUGUGCAAUUCCCCUGGACAGCUCCUUCUACUCGCUUCAUACUCUAACCCUUUGAUGCUUUUGCUGCAAGACUUAACUUGGUUUCUUCUCCUUUGACAUGCAGAGAAGUUUUCCAUUAUCUACUUUGUAAGUCUGUGAGUAUUUGAGGACUGUUACAGAUCUCUCUACUCAGGUGCUUUUUUCUGGAGCCACCUUGCUCCCUUCCACCAAGGAAGACUUCAGCCAGUGUCUCCCCCAGUUAAAAAAUGAAAACUUGAUAAUUGCAAAGCACUGUUUUACCAUUCAGCCUUCAUUUCUCAGUGGUUUCAUUAGCCCGUGUUUUCUGUGUUAUAGCAGAGUAUCAAAAGUCUUUAUUAUAAUCAAAGCACGUAUUCUGCUGGGGUUUUCCUGCCUGCAAGGUCUCUUCUGUUUGGGGUGGAAAUUGGACUGCUACAAGUUAGUGUUUGACAAACCCAUGUUUAUUGUUAGUGCCUGCAGACACUUGUAAAACUUAAU